GCUUUGUUGGACCGGCAGUGUGAAGUCAACUAUGUGGACGAACUUUCAGGUUGCUCGCCAUUGCAUUGCGCCGUCGUCAGAAACAACGUUAAGAUGGCGAUUCUGUUGAUUCGGUAUGGUGCAGACGUGAACUUUUCACGAAGUAAUUCCUCAGCUUCAAAGGAGACUCCCCUUAUGAGAGCUGUUCAGCUGAAUCACAAAGAAAUGUGCGAGGCACUUAUCGAUGCGGGUUGCCAUGUCAACGCCAAGACGCCAGAUGACGUCACGGCGCUCCAUUAUGCUGUUGCCAGCAGACGUUACGAUAUUUGCCACUUUUUACUGGAGAAAGGUGCCGAAGUCCACACCGAAACUAACCACGGUAUUACAGCACUGGCAAUUGCUGUUGACCACCAGAAUCCAACCAUGGUGAGAACUUUGGCGAGCUUUGGUUACGAUUUGGACGCUACGUACAGGUGGGGUGAGACGCCGUUAGAGCACGCUAUGCGCAUUCACAGCGAAAAGUGUGCCAUUUCGAUGGUACACUUGGGAUGUGGGUUGAAAAGGACGGUAGGGCAGUCGUCAUAUUUCUUUCACGCUAUGUCGGAAGGCAUGAUCAGACUCGCUAAGCUCAUGCUUGAGGUUCGACCAAUGUUUUCACAAGAUGAGUGGAUUCGAACGGAGCAGUGGCCGCUGGCUUUAUACCACAAACCGGAAGUCUGCCAAUGGUUAGCGAAAAAGGCCAAGACACCACCGCGUCUCAAAGCUUUGUGUAGGGGAAAGGUUUUGCGAUAUUUGGGACUAAGGCCACAUCAGAAAAUUGAAACUUUAAGCUUACCUUUUUGGAUAAAACGUUAUUUAGAAUUAAAACGCCAAGUUACACCAUCGUUUUACGGAAAGCCUUCGUUAGACAAGCCUGACUGUCCGUACCAAUGUCCUGUGUUGUGUACACAAGAAAUGUGUCCACCACUAGAUAUAUCAUCUGAUGAGUCCGGAGUUGGAUGA